AUGCCACGGACACCGACACCGCAACCCCUGGAAGAGCGCGACGUUGAUACCUUAAAUCCAGCAGAGUUGCGGGAGCUUCUCAAUCAUUACAAGGAACAGGCGAACGCGCAACCUACGAAGGCAGAGCAAGUCAAGACGGAGAGGCGACGAGGCAUCAAGAGGGAGCGUGAUGAAGAACUGGAGGCAAUGCUAGCUACCUCAACAUCUAAACGAGUCAACAAUCGUCCCUUCCGAGAUGGUGAGAUUGUAGAACUUGAUUGA